CAGCCAGAGGAGGAGGAGGAGGAGGAGGCGAGGUCAGUGCCAGUUUGCCAGUUGGGAGUAGUUAGCUCUCCCACCUCCCCAACCAUCCGCCUUUAUUAUUAUCGCCCUCUCUGUUUUGGUAUAAAUCACCGUCCUCGUCUCGCCCCCCCUUCCUUCCUGCUACGAGCCAUUAGCGAGACCCUUCCCUCCCCCCCCCCCCGUUUCUUGCCGCUUUGAGCCUCGGGUUCUGGAGCUCGUUGGGCGGAUCUGGAGCCGAAUCGCCGAGGGGAUCAAAAGGGUCGUCGUUUUUCGCCGUUUGGUGAAGUGGGUCUGUCCCCAAAAUGAAGGUCUCCGUCGUUGCGCGCAGUGGCAGGGAAGUGGUGAAGGGCGGCGUCGAGCUCGGUGACUACGCCACUGUGGCUGAUCUGCAGGAGGAGAUACAUCGCAGGACCAAGAAAUUCUAUCCUUCGAGACAGCGGCUAACACUCCCUCUCCAGCCUGGAUCAAAGGAGAAGCCUGUCGUUCUUAACUACAAAAAGAGCCUUGAAAGUUACACUGAAGGAAACUCAGCCAAUUUAACUGUUGUAUUCAAGGACCUUGGACCACAGGUUUCUUACCGUACUCUUUUCUUCUGGGAGUACCUCGGUCCCUUGAUCCUCUAUCCCGUCUUUUACUUCUUUCCUGUGUACCGUUACUUUGGCUACGAAGGGGAGCGCAUCAUCCACCCUGUACAGACUUAUGCUAUGUACUGCUGGUGUUUCCACUACUUCAAACGAAUUAUGGAAACAUUUUUCGUGCACCGUUUCAGCCAUGCAACCUCGCCCCUUUCUAAUGUUUUCCGGAACUGUGCCUAUUAUUGGAGCUUUGGCACAUACGUUGCUUAUUAUGUCAACCAUCCGCUUUACACUCCUGUUAGUGACCUCCAAAUGAAGAUUGGAUUCGCAUUUGCGUUGCUUUGUCAAGUUUCAAACUUUUAUUGUCAUAUCUUGCUGAGGAAUCUUCGGAGCCCAGAUGGGAACGGAGGAUAUCAAAUUCCUCGCGGCUUCUUGUUCAACAUCGUUACUUGUGCAAAUUAUACUACGGAGAUUUAUCAGUGGUUGGGUUUCAACAUUGCGACGCAAACCGUUGCUGGGUAUGUCUUCCUUGUGGUUGCUGCUCUUAUCAUGACCAAUUGGGCCCUUGCGAAGCAUCGCCGCUUGAAGAAGCUGUUCGAUGGAAAGGAAGGAAGACCGAGAUAUCCACGGCGUUGGGUGAUCCUACCUCCCUUCCUGUAGGAAAUUCAACGCUAUGUCAGCAUCUCCAUUUAGUUGUGGUUCGAUUCCGGAUCAGUUCAUUAUUUAGUCAGCAGUCCUAGACAAUCUUUGUAAUCCAACUGAAUUAGUUUUGUCUAGCUAUUGCUCUACUUGUCCUUUCAUUUUGAUUACAUGGAUAAUGGCAUGAACCUUAUGGGUUCAAUUGUCCAUUGCCAAGGUUCUGGAUUGAUCUUCA